AGCCCGGGAGAGAGAGAGAAAGAGAGAAGAAAGAGAGAGAGGGGGGGGCGAAAUCCUACCUUUCCUCGCAUUACUGAAGUUGAGCAAACUUUGAAAGGACGCUGCGCUUUGAGCAUCUGGUCGUCAUCAGGCAAGCGGCCCUUCCUUCGCAUGCUCACGUGUGAAUCAGCCAGAGCGAACAGACUUCAGAUCAUCUCUCUCUCUCUCUCUCUCUCUCUCUCUCUCUCUCUCUCUCUUCUUAGGAUUCUGAAAGUGUCUGUAAGGCUUGUUUGUUCUAGUUCUUAAAGGUUGAUCACCGCUGUAUGGAUACAUGAGAGGUUUGAUUACAGAGAAAAAAAAACAGACAAAGCAUUUGCAGACGUUUGUUUGAGCCCUCGGUGGCUCAUUUGGAUAUGAAAAAAAUAACCCUCCUCUCCAAACAGAACGGCAGGCAUUGUUUUUGACAAGUGAGACAGACGCUCUGCAAGAAAGGAUCUACAUUAUUUGUUUUUAGCUUCCGGACCACCAAAUUCUUCGUUUCCCUCUUGCGUCAUGACUUCAAGUUAUGCCCACGUAAUGGACAGGCAAGCCACGAUAUCAAACCGCCUGGAGAGUCCCAUCACGUCUAACCUGGAUAAUUUGCAAUCCAAAAAGAACUUCUCGGUAAGCCAUCUGUUGGAUCUGGAAGAAGCCGGGGAAAUGGUUGUCAACCAGGCAGACGAGAGCGUCGGGGAAGCUGGGAGAAAUAUGAUGGAAUCCCCGGGACUGACCAGUGGAAGUGACACAAACCAACAGGACAACGAGCAGAUGAACACGGAGGAAAAGAAGAAGAGGAAGCAACGCAGGAACAGAACCACCUUUAACAGCAGCCAGCUCCAGGCUCUUGAGAGAGUGUUUGAGAGAACGCAUUACCCUGAUGCUUUCGUUCGAGAAGACCUGGCUCGUCGGGUCAACCUGACGGAGGCCAGAGUGCAGGUUUGGUUUCAAAAUAGGCGAGCUAAAUUUCGUCGGAAUGAGCGAGCUAUGUUGGCCAGCAAGAAUGCUUCACUCCUGAAAUCCUACUCUGGAGAAGUUACAGCGGUGGAGCAACCAAUUGUCCCACGCCCUGCACCACGUCCAAAUGAUUAUCUUUCCUGGGGUAGCACUGCUCCAUACAGUGCUAUGGCCACCUACCCACCGACUUGCUCCAACACUAACACCUCCCAGGGAAUGAACAUGGCAAACAGCAUUGCCAACCUGCGGCUCAAAGCAAAGGAGUAUAGCUUGAACCAGGUGCCCACAGUCAACUGAAAGGUGAAGUACAGAAAAGCCGUCUAGAUUAGGGGACCUUUGAAACCACUGGACCCCCACAAACAUCGCCUUUGGAAUGAACUUCAACCGACAUAAACUGGAUCGUGAGGUUUCUGCUUUUUUCUUUUUUUUUUUUUCCAACUAUAGAAAUUGGGUGUGACAGCAUUUUGCCACGAGAUGCAAAAUGUCGGACACCGAGUGACGCAACACCGUUUCGCUCCAAGACUUUUUGUCUUACAAACCGCUGUUUGUACCAAAGACAUCUAGAGUGAUGAUGUAAUCAAAUAUCUGUGUAGUUUUGUUUUUGUGACUAAUAAUGGAAGCUUUUUUUCCCCCCUAUGAGUUUUGUACUGUUAUCAAAGACAGAAGGAAUGAGACUCAAACAAUAUGUGGAAUACCCUGGGCCACUUUGGUUUGGUUGCGGUGGACAAAAUCGCACACCCCAAAUCUGGCUCGAUAUGUUUUUUUCUGUACUUCUUAAGAUCUAUGAAGACUCCAUGUGAAAUCUGGGGUUCAUGACACCAUGGUUCCGACUCGAUUUUCAUUUUAUCAUUUUCCUAUCCAUCUUAUACUAAUGACAAACACAUGUUUUCAAGUAAUUUUCAUUGUAAGUAUUCAAGAUACAGGAGAGGCUGUUGUGUUUCCCAGGAGAUCAUUUUGAUGUUCUGUGAUAUCAUUUAUUUGUAACAGACAAAAAACAUGUAUAUUAAUUAAUAAAAAUGUAUUUCAAGCAAUAAAUUAGACUACCAUUCAGUAGGUCCAAUAACAGGUUAGAUCCAAUUUGUGAAUGUCUUAAACGCUUUCGGAAAGCAACAACAACUUUCAAGUAAGCGUCACAAAAUAUAUGACUGCAGAAAUGCAGUCCGAUAAAUUCUACCCAUUUAACUAUAAGAAUUAACUAUAAGAAAUAAGUAUGUUUAGAGUAGGGCUCGUUUGGAGAGUAACAUGAUCUCAGACCUCUUGCAAGACCCAUUAGAGCAAGAUUUACAACUUAAAUUCUUCCUCAGAGAAAAACCUCAAGCUACGCACUGUGUUUUUUAUUUCUCGAUACCAUGCCAUUUCAUCUUAAAAAUGGGAUAUUUAUGAGCUCCUUUCAAUGAAGGGAUUUGAACUCUUGAGUUGCCGUCCAGGCUCUCUCUCCUCCUUGACCCUAAGAAGUGGUGCAACAAACAGGCCAUUCUUGCGCGGCAGACGCCAACUGCACAAGCGGGCUUGCAAGUCGAGAUUUGGGGUGGGUGAGGAUUGAUGGAAGCGGUGCCAAAAUUAUGUCCAACAUACAUUAAUUGUGGAGAUAUUUUAUGACACAGAAAAACCAAGCGGAAUUUCUGAAAUAUCCAUGUCCUUCAAACCCCAUUUCUUUCUACAUCUUCCCGAAAUGAAUUCAUAAAUACAAUUUUUGUUCAUUGACGCAUCAGGAAGCUGAUCCUUGACUUUCAUCUCGAGAGCCGAGACAUUUCUGAAUUUGGCUCUUGAUAUUAAUCGACUCUUUUUACACUUAACUGUGAGUCUGCCUCAUUCUUUGAGUGUAAAAAAAAAAAUCAACAUGUUAGUAUGUAUUUAGUUAAAAAAAAGUUUUGCUGAUUUUGACGGAAGCAAAUUAGAGAACAUGGUCCCCUAAUACAAUCUAAAAGCACAAACUUGUCUUUGCAUUAAUCAUUUAAGCAUUAUUUACAUUUUGGUAGUUGGCUGCAAUGAAUUAUUUAUUGAGGCUAACUUGAUUGAGAAUCCCCCGCCACCCCCCCAGUACUUCCGACAUGGCUUUGAACUGAUCGGCAUAUUGUCAUAAUAAAAUGGUGGUUCACUGA